AGAGAGAGAGAGACGGACAGACAGACAGACAGAGAGACAGAGAGAGAGAGAGAGAGAGAGAGAGAGAGAGAGAGAGAGAGAGAGACAGAGAGAGAGAGAGAGGAAUACUUUUCCUGUCACCUAACUUCUUGCAAACUGUGCUGGACUGGAGUGUGAGAAAUACAGUGUGAAAUAGAAAAGAUAGAAGAAGGAUAUUGGCGAAAGAGAGAAGGACUUCUCAGUCUACCAACAUGGAUUGUUCCAGUGGAGUUGUGUGUGACUGACGCAGGGAUAGGUUUGGCGUCCAAACAAAUAAUGAUGAAAACAGCUGUUCUCGCUAAGGAAACCGGAGCAUUUGCUGGCUGGGGUGAAUGCUGAGCCUCGCUCCACACCUAGACCCCCCCUCACCCCUAACUUAUCCUCAGGGUCAACAGCACCGUUCCCUCCACCUAGACCCCCCUCUCCUCAGGACCACCCCUGAUGACUCCCCCGACUCCCCCCUCUAAACCCUCCUCUCCCCCUGUCUCACCCCCACCCCCUGUCUCACCCGCUGACCCCACUCCCUCACCACCAUUCCAUUUAGACUCCUCCACCCCCCUCCCCCCUAAACCCCUCACUCCCUCCUCACCCUCCUCAUCCACACCACCCCUUCUUUCAGCAUCUGAACCACACCCUCCUCAAAUUGACUUGACCAUUGGCUCCACUGACACCACUGAUGUCCCUCAUGCCACUGUCCCAGAGGACUGUACCCCCCCACUCCCCAAACCCCUAGCAGAGGCAUCCACUUCACUCCUCCCCACACCAAUAUCCCCUCAAGUCUCAGUACCCUCUACAAUCCCUUUUCCUAAUAUCUUGGAUGUCUCUCCUCCUCCUCUCCCCUUAGAUAUGUCCUCUUCAGUCCCGGAGCUCUCUUCUUCAGAGCCAACCGUACAAGCACUUUCCUCUCACCCAGUCCCAAAUCCCUCCUCACUUCCUCUCUCCUCUGCCUGUGUACCUCCUAUAGCAAAAACCCCUCUCCCCACUCCCCCCAUUCAUCCUCUCUCAAAACCCUCCUUAUCUCCUUUCUCCUCUCCCCCUGUUCCCCCUGUCUCAAAGUUCUCUUCCCCCCCUCUUCCGAGACCCUCAGCAACUCGAAAACUCUCCGGUCCAUCCCAGCCGAGACCCCCUGUUCCUCACCCUCACUCGAUAGCGAAGCCAUCCUCCCCUGCUCUCCCCAGACCCCCUCUUCCAUCUACCAAGCCCUCGUCUCCCCCUCUCCCCACCCCGCUAGUCCCUCUUUCAGCUAAGCCCUCCUCAGCCCCAGCCCCAGCCCCAACCCCAGCCACAGACCCACCACCUAGCAUCAGUAUCCUGGAGAAGCUGAUCAAAACAUGUCCUGUGUGGUUGCAGUUAGCCAUGGCCCAGGAGAAAUCCUCACUUAUACUGAAGAAAGAAACUCCUGGGAUCUUUUUAGUGCGCAAAAGCCCGGACCAGAAGGCCAUGGUUCUGUCAGUACGUGUGUCUAACCAGCAGGGGGAGCUUCAGGUCCAGGACAUUCUGGUUAAAGAAGAGAAGUCAUUGAUCUACCUGGAAGGGUCUGUCCUGGUCUUUGACACCAUCUUCAAACUCAUCUCCUUCUACUGUGUCAGCCGGGAUAUUCUCCCCUUCACUCUGAGGUUGCCAGAGGUCAUCGUCCAGGCAACCAAGUAUGAAGAUAUAGAGACGAUAUCGACUUUAGGCUCAGAUUUCUGGGGCUCUCAGCUGAACAGUUCCUCUGAGGAGCCAGGACAAAAGGACACACCAGUAGAGCAGGGCCGGGGUCACAGCUCCUCCUGUGAGAUCCAUCUGUCUGCUGGGACCGGUAACGAGCGGCUGUGGUACGUUAACCCCGUCUUCAUUGAGGAGUAUUGCAGCAGCCUGGAGGCCUCCACCCCCGUCGCUGCUCCCAUCCUCAGGAGCCAGAGCCUGAACACCCCAGGCCAAGGGCAGGGCCAAGUACCCCCCAAAUUCACGCCCCCACCCCGACCCCCUAAUGCCCCCGAGGGAUUGUUACUGUCACAGGGGGCCAAGCAUGGGAACAGAGGGACGUCUGAUUCCCCCUCCCCACGCUCACCACCCACACCUCUUACAGUUACAACCAAGUUAGGGCAGAAAGGAGAAGGAAACUGCAGCAAAGGCAAUGGGGAGGGAGAGAGAGCUGCUUCUCAGCUUUUCUCAGAGAGAGAGGUGUCAGUUACAGCCACUGACUCAGUAGCAGCUACUCAGCCUCUAGAGCAUCUGUCACCACACGGAGCAACAGCUAGACAUCAGCACCCAGCACCCCGACCACCCCCACACAGGAUACCACUUGUGCCCCUACGGCGGAUGCCCUCAGAGAAGCGUCCCCCACCCCCAGGACAGGAGCCGCCCCAGCCAGAAGGAGGCCCCCUGACCCUCACCACACCCUCAAAGAGGAAGAUGAAGGAGGAGGGAAGUGUUGGCACAGUGCCUGUUUCUUCACUGGUGUGCAUCGACGGCACCACCAACAUGGUAGAGGAGAAGAAGGAGUUAAGAGUGGAGCCCUAUGCUGGUGAGACAGAGACACUGCAGAGGCAAGGGACAUCAGAGACUUCAAACAGCAGUGACGCUGUUAGCGUGGCUGCACCAGCCCCUCUGACGAAGAGGGCCGCACCGCCAGUCCCGCCUCCCAGAAAGAAUAAGCCCUCCCAGGCCACGCCCACUACAACUCUCUCCACAGACGUGAUAGGUGGAGGACUUCUUUCAAUCAAUGCGUCAUCAGACACACCCCAGACCUCCAGCAUCCCCUCGCCAGCCCGGAGGGCCAUUUCCAUCGCUGAGGGGGAGGUGAGGGAGAACAGGGGGGCAGAUGUGUCCCUGUACGCCCCUGAUGGUGGCACGGCCCUCCCUGCACUGGACCAUGACUCUUACUCUACCAGCAGCACAGAGGAGGAGGCCGACACGGUGGCCAGUCAGGCUGGAGGGGCCAUUGGGACCAACAAUACCAAAGUGUCAAUGAAAAGGACCCCGACCAUCAUGCUGGACCGUGCCAAGCAACGCCUCUCCAUGGUCAACUUCUCCAGUGUGUUCACCAACUUCAUGAGCGCUGACCACAAGCUGCAGAAGAGGAUGGUGGAACUGUCCCGGGACGGGAGCUCCUACUUCGGGAACCUGGUGAAGGAUUACAGGGUGUACAUUCUGGAGACCAUGGGGAAGCACAGCUCCAGCACUGAGCUGCUGCAGGAGAUCAGGCAGAUGAUAACCCAGCUGAAGAGUUACCUCAUCCAGAGCACUGAGCUGCAGAACCUCCUGGAGCCCAACGUCUACACAGAGGACAAACUAGAGGUGAUUAUGGAGGCUGCUCUGUGUAAGGCUGUGCUGAAGCCUCUGCGGGAGGCUGUCUACUCCGGCCUGAAGGACAUCCACUCCGGGGGCUCUCUGAAGAGGCUGAAGGAGAACCAGAGUGUGGUCCUGGGCACCACCACCACAGAUCUGGGGGUCACCACCAGCGUUCCAGAGAUCCCUGUCAUGGAGAAGAUCAAUCUGAAGCUGAUGACCCUCCACCUUGAGUACUCCCCUCAGAAGAAGAUUGAUCUGCUCCUCAAGACCUGCAAGAUCAUCUAUGAGUCCAUGUCUAUAGGCUGCCCAGGAAAGGCCUUUGGUGUAGAUGACUUCCUGCCAGUGCUGAUGUACGUCCUGGCAAGGAGCAACAUGGCCUUCCUGCUACUGGACGUAGAGUACAUGAUGGAGCUGAUGGACCCUGCACUGCAGCUAGGAGAAGGCUCCUACUACCUGACGACCACGUAUGGGGCCUUGGAGCACAUAAAGAACUAUGACAAGCAGGCGGUGACACAGCAGCUCAGUCUGGAGAUCCAGGACUCUAUCCACCGCUGGGAGAAGAGACGCACCCUGAACAAGGCUCGGGUGUCACGCUCAUCUGUACAGGACUUCAUCAAUGUGUCGUUCCUGGAGGCGGGGUCUAACACUAAGACCCUGGGGGUUCUCCCCACCACCACGGCCCAGGACCUGUGUGCCCAGUGUGCUGAGAAGUUCGAGGUGCUGGAGCCAGAGUUCUACAGCCUGAGUGUACUAGUUGAGGGCCACUACCAGCUCCUGGCCCCGGGGGAGUCCCCCCUCACCAUCAAGUCUAGUUUUCACCACAGUGAGCCCCGCAAGGAGUACCAUUUUGUCUACCGGCCUGGAAGGACAGAGUCGGAAGGGCAGGAGGCAGAGAGUGAGGAGCCAGCGCCCACAGCGCCCACAGCGGAGACAGAGCCUGACGAGGAGGAGAGUCUGAUCGAGAUAUGAUAUUAAGGUGUGUGUGUGUGUUGCGUGCAUGCAUGGCCUCGACGAAGCUCAAAUUAUUGAGGAGCUGCUCAAGGGAAUGCAAUGGCAUCCUCCUCAACCAUAACAGACAUUUGAAACGAGACAUGGAUUUUUUUCUUUAGUGGAGCAAAAUGGACUCAAGUCCAAGAUGAACAUGAUAGUUCUGCCAAACCAUACAAUCUUCAAUAAAAAUACAAUCUUCAGGUUUGAGAACAUGUGGAGACUUUGUGAAAGAAGAGAACCAUCACCACACCUAGGACCUCAGGUCUAAAUUUCACUCAAGUUUACUUUGGCUUCUGUAUGACUUCUACGCUGACUCAUCUUGCUCAGUGAGUCCCUGCAAGGUUGACCAAGCUGCAGCGAUAAAGGGAUAUUGUCCUCCUCUAGUUUGAAAGGGUACAAUGGCAUGGAUAAUUAAAAGAUAAAGGAUCAGGACAAGGAGACUCGGCUUGCAUCCCAAAUGGCACCCUAUUCCCUAUUCCCUAGUAGUGCACUACUUUUGACCGGGGGACCAUUAAGGGCACUAUGUAGGGAAUAUGUAUGUAGGGAUGUAGGGAAUAGGGUCUAAUUUGGGCCGACCAUGUAUCCUGUCCGGUCGGUGUUCAUUUUCAUAUUUAACAGACUUUACGCUUCUUCAACAGUUCCGACAGACAAUGAGCUGUUCAAUGGUUUAGCUAAUUGAAUUUUGCAUGACAAUAUCCUUGCCAAUAUUAUCUGAGUGGGUUUAUAUGCUCAAGAAAGACUGCUACUCUCUGUAUAUCCAUAUUUGCUCUGCUAGAUUUGUAUACUCUUGCAGCUGUGCUGUGGAUAGGUUUCAUCAAUGUCCUGAAUGAACCUUUGAUGUCUCAUUCUAGAAGGUAUCUGUUACAAUACCAUCCAUUAAGGUCAAACGCAAUUCCCUUAAGUCUACCAGGCACUCAUGGUUUACAUUGGUUAAUGGUGCUAAGCCAUAUUAUACUGUAAUUAAUUAAACUGUCACCAUGACUUUAUAUAGUGUGUCUUUUUGAUUGUUUCUCACAUUUGAUGUGAAUUGUGUCGUUUUUCGUAUGCGAACUGUUUCAUGUGGACGUAUCAGGAGAUGAAAUGCUGGAUAUACAUUUUUUGAUCCUUUCAGAAAUUCCAAUGUGGUAUCAAUAGAAUUGAUCCACACACUGAAUAACAAAAUCCCUAAUUUACCCGUGUAGAAUUCUGUGGAAAAUGAUGUCAUAUUGGCUUGCUUUCCUAAAAAAUCAGAAUGAAGUGAAGUAUUGUCUUACAAAAGGAGACAGGACAAGGAUAUAUCAGGUUGUUUGUGUUGGUGUGUGCAUGUGUGAUGUCUUUCUGUCUGUGACGUUUUGGGGGUACAAAGAAAUGAGGGGGUGUGUUGUCUGUAUGUCAGAUGGAGAGCGGGAGAGAUAAAGAGGGGGAGAGAUGGAGAGAGGGAGAGAUGGAGAGAGGGAGAGAGGAUGAGAUGGAGAGAGGGAGAGAUGAGGAGAGGGAGAUAUGGAGAGAGGGAGAGAUGGAGAGAUGAGGAGAGAGGGAGAUGGAGAGUACGCUCGAUGACGUCUAAGAGGUUAUCAGUUUGCACACGUAACAGAGUCCUUAAUUGAAACAAUAACAAUGCCCACCCCGCCUCUGUUUUGCUAACAAGCUGAGGGAUGGGACUGGAGAAAUGUAACCACUCUCAGAUUCAUAGGCAGAGCUAUGCAUUUGUUUAAAUUUUUUUUGAUUUCACCUUUAUUUAACCAGGUAGACAAGUUGAGAACAAGUUCUCAUUUACAAUUGCGACCUGGCCAAGAUAAAGCAAAGCAGUCCGGCACAUACAACAGCACAGAGUUACGCAUGGAGUAAAACAAACAUACAGUCAAUAAUACAAUAGAAAAAUAAGUCUAUAUACAAUGUGAACAAAUGAGGUGAGAUAAGGGAGGUAAAGGGAAAAAAAGGCCAUGGUGGCGAAGUAAAUACAAUAUAGCAAGUAAAACACUGGAAUGGUAGAUUUGCAGUGGAAGAAUGUGCAAAGUAGAGACAGAAAUAAUGGGGUGCAAAGGAGCAAAAUAAAUAAAUACAGUAGGAGAGGUAGUUGAUUGAAAUAAAUUAUAGAUGGGCUAUGUACAGGUGUAGUAAUCUGUGAGCUGCUCUGACAGCUGGUGCUUAAAGCUAGUGAGGGAGAUAAGUGUUUCCAGUUUCAGAGAUUUUUAUAGUUUGUUCCAGUCAUUGGCAGCAAAGAACUGGAAGGAGAGGCGGCCAAAGGAAGAAUUGGUUUUGGGGGUGACCAUAGAGAUAUACCUGCUGGAGCGCGUGCUACAGGUGGGUGCUGCUAUGGUGACCAGCGAGCUGAGAUAAGGGGGGACUUUACCUAGCAGGGUCUUGUAGAUGACCUGGAGCCAGUGGGUUUGGCGACGAGUAUGAAGCGACGGCCAGCCAACGAGAGCGUACAGGUUGCAGUGGUGUAUAGUAUAUGGGGCUUUGGUGACAAAACGGAUGGCACUGUGAUAGACUGCAUCCAAUUUAUUGAGUAGUGUAUUGGAGGCUAUUUUGGAAAUGACAUGGCCGAAGUCGAGGAUCAGUAGGAUGGUCAGUUUUACAAGGGUAUGCUUGGCAGCAUGAGUGAAGGAUGCUUUGUUGUGAAAUAGGAAGCCAAUUCUAAAUUUAACUUUUGAUUGGAGAUGUUUGAUGUGAGUCUGGAAGGAGAGUUUACAGUCUAACCAGACACCUAUGUAUUUGUAGUUGUCCACAUAUUCUAAGUCAGAACCGUCCAGAGUAGUGAUGUUGGACGGGCGGGCAGUUGCAGGCAGCGAUUGGUUGAAGAGCAUGCAUUUAAUUUUACUUGUAUUUAAGAGCAAUUGAAGGCCACAGAAGGAGAUUUGUAUGGCAUUGAAGCUCAUCUGGCGGGUUGUUAACACAGUGUCCAAAGAAGGGCCAGAAGUAUACAGAAUGGUCUCAUCUGCGUAGAGGUGGAUCAGAGACUCACCAGCAGCAAGAGCGACAUCAUUGAUGUAUACAGAGAAGCGAGUCGGUCCAAGAAUUGAACCCUGUGGCACCCCCAUAGAGACUGCCAGAGGUUUGGACAACAGGUCCUCCGAUUUGACACACUGAACUCUAUCAGAGAAGUAGUUGGUGAACCAGGCCAGGCAAUCAUUUGAGAAACCAAGGCUUCAGAGUCGAAAGCCCUGGCCAGGUCAAUGAAUACAGCUGCACAGUAUUGUUUCUUAUCGAUGGCGGUUAAGAUAUCGUUUAGGACCUUGAGCGUGGCUGAGGUGCACCCAUGACCAGCUCUGAAACCAGAUUGCAUAGCGGAGAAGGUAUGGUGGGAUUCGAAAUGGUCUGUAAUCUGCAAGGACUGACCAUCCAUGAUGUUCCAGGUAUAGUUGUAACCAUGUCUUGAGGCUACACAGUGUUUGUUUACAUUUACAGUGUUUAUAACCAAUGGAGUAAAACAAGCUUCUACUUAGGGUUCUGAUGGGGUUUGACAAUCGAUCUAAGCUCAUGAAGCAUUUAUACGUUAUAUUCUUCAAGAAUCAACAGUAUAAUAUCAUGGAUUCAAAUUCCAAAAAUGGAUGUAGCAACUAUGGAUUUUAGCUUUAAGAACUUACCGAAAGCUCACUCCACAUCCAGCUUGAAAUAUCACCAAUGGAACUAUCAAAUUAAAACUAUUUUUUAUAGCUUAAUUGGUUGGUACGAGCAGAGGCAGGGACAGUGGAGGAAGCUGUGCUGUUAGCAGCUCACUGACGUCAUUUCCAUUGGUUGAAUCCCUAUUUGCAUAAAGUGUACAAGGCGAUGAUGCAAUAUGUUAGUUCUUUGUUUGGACCCUCUUUGCAAUGCAACACAGAGGUUUGGAGAUGACAUGGUUUCAGAGUCAUUGAACUGGUAUUAUGCAAUGCCACGAAGUGUCUUUAUGUCGUUCUCCAUUUGGAAAUGUAUACUUGCAUUUGAUUGGAUGAAGCCAACAACAGUAAGGAGACAGCACCGAGAAGCUGACAGCGAAAUGAUCACGGGCGAUAAAAAGGGGAAGAAAAAGAGAGGCCAGGGAGAGAGAGGUUGAGGUUAAGGCUAUGUGAGCGUCAUAAGAGUGCGUUGAAACGAGGUGAGUCAAACGCACCUCAGUUACUUAUCCUUCUUCUUUCCCUUUUUCCUCUUCUGUCUUUUUCGGGACUACAUUUUUUCGUGCCAGGCCCUUAGUUACUUCUGUAGCAAUGACACUAUCUUAGCCCUGCUCUGCUCGAAACGAUGACACUGUGAGGACGUUUUAGAAUAGCGUGACCCCAGGAUGUCUUUGUAAGGUGGCCUCUCAUUUACUACUUACCCCUCAUCAAGUUGCCUCUUUCGGCCUCACCUCGGUCUCCCUACAUCUCGCAGUCUUUCACACUCCACAUCUCUUUCUGUCAUGAUCUCCCCCUUGCUCGCCCACACUUUUUCAGUUCUGCCCACACAUUUUCUAUAGGUUUGAGGACAGGGAUUUGUGAUGGCGACUCCAAUACCUUGACUUUGUUGUCCUUAAGCCAUUUUUCCACAACUUUGUAAGUAUGCUUGGGGUCAUUGUCCAUUUGGAAGACCCAUUUGCGACCAUGCUUUAACUUCCUGAAUGAUGUCUUGAUAUGUUGCUUCUAUAUAUCCACAUAAUUUUCCAUCCUCAUGAUGCCGUCUAUUUUGUGAUGUGCACCAGUCCCUCCUGCAGCAAAGCACCCCCACAACAUGAUGCUGCCACUCCCAUGCUUCACAGUUGGUAUGGUGUUCUUCGGCUUGCAAGCCUCCCCCUUUUUCCUCCAAACAUAACGAUGGUCAUUAUGGCCAAACAGUUCUAUUUUUGUUUCAUCAGACCAGAGGACAUUUCUCCAAAAAGUACGAUCUUUGUCCCCAUGUGCAGUUGCAAACCGUAGUCUGGCUUAUUUAUGGCGGUUUUGGAGCAGUGACUUCUUCCUUGCUGAGCGGCUCUCAGGUUAUAGGACUCGUUUUAUGUGGAUAUAGAUAUUUUGUACCUGUGUCCUCCAGCAUCUUCACAAGGUCCUUUCCUGUUCUGGGAUUGAUUUGCACUUUUCGCACCAAAGUACGUUCUUCUCUAAGAGAGAGAACACGUCUCCUUCCUGAGUGGUAUGAUGGCUGCGUGGUCCCAUGGUGUUUAUACUUGUGCACUAUUGUUUGUACAGAUGAACGUGGUACCUUCAGGCGUUUAGAAAUUGCUCCCAAUUUUUUUCUGAGGUCUUGGCUGAUUUCUUUUGAUUUUCCCAUGAUGUCAAGCAAAUAGGCACUGGGUUUGAAAUUAGGCCUUGAAAUACAUCCACAGGUACACCUCCAUUUGAAACAAAUUAUGUUAAUUCGCCUAUCAGCAGCUUCUAAAGCCAUGACAUCAUUUUCUGGAAUUUUCCAAGCUGUUUAAAGGCACAGUCAACUUAGUGUAUGUAAACCUCUGACCCACAGGAAUUGUGAUACAGUGAAUUAUAAGUAAAACAAUCUGUCUGUAAACAAUUGUUGGGAAAAUUACUUGUGCCAUGCACGAAGUAUAUGUCCUAACCGUCUUGCCAAAACUAUAGUUUGUUAACAAGAAAUUUGUGGAGUGGUUGAAAAACGAGUUUUAAUGACUCCAACCUAAGUGUAUGUAAACUUCUGACUUCAACUGUAAGUUAUAAUUUAAAAAAAAACAAUAUACUUCAAAUACGAGAUGUAUUUUUUGAGUAUAUCUUAUGUAUACUGUAAAUAUAAUAUCAUUACACUUCAACACACUUUUUAAAAGUUAAAAGUGUACUUUAUGUUAAUAGUUUUUUCAGUCUUUUAGAAUACUAUACUUGUCUAGUUAAAUAAAGGUGAAUUAAAUAAAAUAAUAAAAUACUAUAUGUUCACUAUCAUUAAACUUAAACACACUCAUUAAAACUGGUCUUCAACUUCAAUCGCUUUAUUUGUAAUUUAGUACUCAUUCAAAAUACACUUGGAUGUGGAAAAAGCAAUGUUUUUGAAAUGAAACUCUGCUUUGCGGUGAUCAUGUAAACUACAAGUGUACAGUGUCUUGCAAAAGUAUUUAUUCCCCUCGUAUUUCUUCACAUUUUAUUGUGUUACAAAGUGGGAAUAAAUUGAUUUGUCAUUCGUUGUCAAGAAUGAACACAAAAUACUCUGUAAUGUCAAAGGGCAGAGCCCCACCUGUUUUCAGCCCCACAUUUUUAGCAAAAAGAUUUCAAAAAACAUUUAUCAAAAUAUUUUGGGGGGAGCAUGCCCGUUUUGCUUGUUAUUUUGGCAUUAAUACGUGUCACAUAUCAGUUUGCAAACAAUGUAAAAAAUAUAUAUAUUGUUGAGUUAAUAAAGCCGCAUAUUAGCAUG